GAGAAAGUUCACAUCAGUAGCGAAGUGUUGGUAGGUCACGCAGGGUGGAGGAGUGUGACUGAGCAAUUUUCAGGUUUGUCUCAGUUUUUUUUUAGUUCAGUAAAAUGCAGAGCUGUGCGAAGUCCUGGGCGGUUCUGACCCGCAGAGCGGUGAGCACGCGCGUGCACUACAGAAGCGCCUGUGGGAAGAGGAACGUGUUCCAGAAAACAAAAACAAAACUUUCCCAUGAGUCCGCACAUACCCGCGACCUGAGAACCUGUGCGGCUUUAGGCUCGAGGAUGAUUGACAGGAUCCUACCGAGACAUGAUGAUUUCGCUGAAAGACACAUUGGACCUGGUGAUAAAGAGAAGAGAGAGAUGCUCAACACUCUGCGGCUUGGGUCCAUGUCAGAGCUCAUAGAAAACACAAUCCCAUCAUCUAUUCGCCUGGAAAGGAAUCUGAAAAUGGACGACCCUGUGUGUGAAAAUGAAAUUCUUGAGUCCCUCCAAAAGAUUGCUUCUAAGAACAAGAUUUGGCGGUCCUACAUUGGAAUGGGCUAUUACAACUGCUCAGUGCCCCCUGCCAUACAGAGAAAUCUUCUGGAAAAUUCUGGAUGGGUGACCCAGUACACACCGUACCAGCCAGAAGUCUCACAGGGUCGUCUGGAGAGUUUGCUCAAUUACCAGACCAUGGUGUGUGACAUCACUGGUAUGGCAGUGGCCAAUGCGUCCCUGCUGGACGAAGGCACUGCUGCUGCUGAGGCCAUGCAGCUCUGCCACAGACAAAACAAGAGAAGGAUGUUCUACAUUGACCCCCGUUGUCAUCUACAGACCAUUGCAGUGGUUCAGACCAGAGCCAACUACAUUGGGGUGAAGACUGUGCUGAAGUUGCCCCAUGAGAUGGACUUCAGUGGAAACGAUGUGUGUGGGGUGCUCUUCCAGUACCCUGACACUGAAGGCAGGGUGGAAGACUUCUCUGAACUUGUGGAUCGGGCUCAUAAGGGUGGGGCUCUGGCUUGCUGCGCUACUGAUUUGCUGGCACUUUGUAUCUUGCGCCCGCCUGGUGAAUUCGGGGUGGACAUCGCUCUGGGUAGCUCCCAGCGCUUUGGAGUUCCUCUCUGCUAUGGCGGACCUCAUGCUGCCUUCUUCUCAGUCAAGGAGAACUUGGUCAGAAUGAUGCCAGGAAGGAUGGUUGGAGUCACAAGGGAUGCUGCUGGAAAAGAUGUAUAUCGUCUAGCUCUGCAGACCAGAGAGCAGCACAUCCGCCGAGACAAAGCCACAAGCAACAUUUGUACAGCUCAGGCUCUCUUGGCAAACAUGGCUGCUAUGUAUGCACUGUACCAUGGCUCACAAGGCUUGAGGCACAUUGCUGAAAGAACUCACAAAGCAACAAUGAUUCUCGCUGAGGGACUCAUCAGAGCUGGACACAAGCUCCAGAAUGAAACCUUUUUUGACACACUGAAGAUUCACUGUGGUGUUGCUGCCAAAGACGUCCUGGAGAAGGCUGCACAGCGCAAGAUCAACCUACGAAUCUACGGUGAAGGAAUGCUUGGAGUGUCUCUAGAUGAGACCAUUACAGAGAGGGACUUGGAUGACCUGCUCUGGGUGUUUGGAUGUGAAUCCUCUGCUGAACUUAUUGCUGAAAAAAUGAGUGAGAGAACCAAAGGCCUGCUAGCAAGUCCUUUCAAGAGGACCAGCAAGUUCCUCACCCACCCAGUGUUCAACAGUUAUCACUCAGAGACCAACAUUGUGCGCUAUAUGAAAAGAUUGGAGAAUAAAGACAUUUCUCUUGUACACAGUAUGAUUCCUUUGGGAUCCUGCACAAUGAAGCUGAACAGCUCGUCUGAACUCAUGCCAAUCACCUGGCGGGAGUUCGCUAACAUCCACCCCUUUGUGCCGCUGGAGCAGGCAGAGGGUUAUCAGCAGCUCUUCCAGCAACUAGAAAAGGAUCUUUGUGAGAUCACAGGAUAUGACAAGAUCUCCUUUCAACCAAACAGUGGUGCUCAGGGAGAGUAUGCUGGCCUGGCUGCUAUCAAAGCCUAUCUGAACUCCAAAGGAGAAUCCCACAGAAGUGUGUGUCUGAUUCCUAAGUCUGCUCAUGGAACCAACCCUGCCAGCGCUCAGAUGGCUGGCAUGAAAGUCCAGGUCGUGGAAGUGGACAAAGAUGGCAGCAUUGAUGUGGCUCACCUGAAGGCAAUGGUCGAUAAACACAAAGCAAACCUGGCUGCCAUAAUGAUCACAUAUCCCUCAACUAAUGGUGUGUUUGAGGAGAAUGUUAGUGAAGUGUGUGAGCUCAUUCACCAGAAUGGCGGACAGGUCUAUCUGGAUGGAGCUAACAUGAAUGCACAGGUGGGAUUGUGUCGGCCAGGAGAUUAUGGCUCGGAUGUUUCUCACCUGAAUCUUCAUAAAACCUUCUGCAUUCCUCACGGCGGUGGAGGCCCUGGAAUGGGCCCGAUUGGAGUGAAGGAGCAUCUUGCCCCAUUCCUGCCAAGCCACCCAGUGGUGAACAUGCAGUGUAGCAACACGAGUUCACUAGGCACCAUCAGUGCUGCCCCCUGGGGUUCUAGUGCCAUCCUGCCCAUCUCCUGGGCCUACAUAAAGAUGAUGGGUGCUAAUGGCCUAAGGCAUGCAACAGAGGUGGCCAUCCUUAAUGCCAACUAUAUGGCAAAGAGACUAGAAACCCAUUACAAGGUCCUCUUCAGGGGCUCUAAAGGUUUUGUUGCUCAUGAAUUUAUUUUGGAUGUUCGGCCGUUCAAAAAGACGGCCAACAUCGAGGCAGUGGACAUUGCCAAAAGACUACAGGAUUAUGGUUUCCAUGCUCCUACCAUGUCAUGGCCUGUGGCUGGAACACUGAUGAUUGAACCCACUGAGUCAGAGGACAAGGCCGAGCUGGACCGUUUCUGUGACUCCCUGCUGGCCAUUCGACAGGAAAUUGCAGAUAUUGAGUCAGGGAGAAUGGAUUCUAGAGUUAACCCAUUGAAGAUGGCUCCUCAUUCUCUGGCAUGCAUUGCCUCAAGCACGUGGGACAGACCCUACUCUAGGGAGUCUGCUGCUUUCCCCAUGCCUUUCGUGAGACCUGAAACCAAGUUUUGGCCCACAAUUUCGAGGAUUGAUGACAUCUAUGGCGACCAGCACCUCGUCUGCACCUGUCCCCCCAUGGAUAUCUAUGAAUCUCCAUAUGAGGAGUGCGCAUCCUCGUGACCACCUCCCAACAAACAUUCUUCACUCACCUUUCUCCAAAUAAUCCAUCUCCAUCACAUAGGAUACAUCGCUCCUUUUCAAUUGUAUGUUUAAUUUCACUUGGUGCCUUGUUUCUUGUUCUGCACAUUCUAUACUGCUCCCUUUAGGUCUACUAAAACAACUUACUCGAACUGAUUUAGUGAUCAUCUUGCACAGGUUUGUUAUAUAUUUUAUUCCAUGUAUAAAAAAAAUCUUUAAAAGUGUAAGGAUUUUGUUUUGGGUGUAUGUAGAUGUAACUUGAUGUCUCUGUUCUCCAUGUACACAUUGAUUUUUUUUUUUUAAA